GUAAACUUACUAGCUGAAGUCACGUCGGGAAAGAGGGCAGGGAGGAAAGGAGCGAGCUAGCCGUUUAGCUACGUGACGUACACAAUAAUUGUGUAAUAAUCCCGAUAUUUACGCGUAAUUAUCGUCUAAUAGAAAAAUAACGGAAGGUUGCGACGUUCUUUGUCGUUGUUCACGUAAAUUGCGCUUAUUUUGCCGUCAAUCGCCGAGCGAAACGAAAACAAACCGCUGUCCGACGUCAAAGCUAGCAUAACAAACACAACAGAACGGGAAAAAAUGAGAGGGGGUUCAUCUUAUGGAGACAGAGACAGGGACCGUGGGCGAGACAGGCCACGGUUUGGGGCCAUGAGCGGUCGCGGUGGACCUCCACCAAUGAAGUUUGGGAAUCCAGGGGAGCGUCUUCGAAAGAAGAGGUGGAAUCUGGAUGAGCUGCCAAAAUUUGAGAAGAACUUCUACACUGAACAUCUUGAGGUGCAACGUGUGAAUCAGUAUGAAGUGGAAGACUUCCGCAAAAGGAAGGAGAUCACAAUCAGAGGGUCCGGCUGUCCAAAGCCUGUCACCGCUUUUCACCACGCGCAGUUUCCUCAGUACGUGAUGGAUGUGCUGAUGCAGCAGAACUUCAAGGAGCCCACAGCAAUCCAGUCCCAGGGUUUUCCAGCGGCCCUGAGUGGCAGGGACAUGGUGGGGAUUGCACAGACUGGAUCGGGAAAGACACUGGCUUACCUUCUUCCAGCUAUUGUACACAUCAACCACCAACCGUAUCUGGAGAGGGGAGAUGGUCCAAUUUGUUUGGUACUUGCCCCAACCAGAGAGUUGGCUCAGCAGGUACAACAGGUCGCGUAUGACUAUGGGAAGUCUUCCCGUAUCAAAAGCACCUGUGUCUACGGUGGAGCUCCAAAAGGACCACAGAUUCGAGACCUUGAACGAGGGGUUGAGAUUUGCAUUGCCACACCUGGUCGCCUCAUUGAUUUCUUGGAGGCAGGGAAGACCAACCUGCGCCGCUGCACCUACUUAGUGCUGGAUGAGGCUGACCGCAUGUUGGACAUGGGCUUUGAACCGCAGAUUCGCAAGAUAGUAGAACAAAUUCGGCCUGACAGGCAGACUCUGAUGUGGAGUGCAACGUGGCCAAAAGAGGUUCGGCAGCUGGCUGAGGACUUCCUGAGGGACUACAUCCAGAUUAAUAUCGGUGCUCUGGAGCUCAGCGCCAACCACAAUAUCCUGCAAAUAGUCGAUGUCUGCAUGGAGACUGAAAAGGACAACAAACUCAUUCAGCUGAUGGAGGAGAUAAUGGCUGAAAAAGAGAACAAAACCAUCAUCUUUGUGGAGACUAAGAAACGCUGUGAUGAUCUUACACGGAGGAUGAGGCGUGAUGGGUGGCCGGCCAUGUGCAUUCACGGAGACAAGAGCCAGCCUGAAAGAGACUGGGUACUUACAGAAUUUCGGAGUGGCAAAGCCCCCAUUCUGAUUGCCACUGAUGUUGCCUCUCGUGGUCUGGAUGUGGAGGAUGUCAAGUUCGUCAUCAACUAUGACUAUCCAAGCUCCUCUGAGGAUUAUGUCCAUCGUAUUGGACGUACAGCUCGCAGUACCAACAAGGGCACUGCCUACACCUUCUUCACCCCAGGAAACCUGCGACAGGCACGAGACCUUGUCCGGGUGCUGGAGGAGGCACGCCAAGCCAUCAAUCCUAAAUUACUUCAGCUUGUGGACUCGGGCCGUGGAGGAGGAGGUGGUGGAAGAAUGCGUUACCGUGGCAGCAACUCCAACAACCCGAACCUGAUGUACCAGGAAGAGUGUGAUCGGCGUAUGCGCUCCAGCGGCGGGGGCGGGGGCAAAGACAACCGCAGCGGCUUCAACCGUGACAACCGCAACAACCGCGACGGAGACCGCUCCUCUUCUUCCUCCUACAGGGACCGGAGCCGGGAUCACCGAAACAACUACAACUCAGGCUCGGAUCAGUACCAGAGCUACAACAGUGGCGGUGGCGGCGGAAGUGGCGGCAGCUAUAACUCUCGCAGUGGAGGCCAGGCCGGGAGUGUCGGAGGUCAGGAUCAGACGAGCCAACCGCAGGGUCAGUUUGGCCAGGCUCCUCCUCCACCAUCAGGGGGCCUGCAGCCCCUAAUGGCUCAGCAGUUUGCUCCACCACAGCCCCCACUUAUGGGCUUCAUGGGGCAACCGCCGUACCCGUUUCCUUCGCCUCCCCCUCCUCCCCCAGGCCUGCCACCUCCCAGGAAGUGAACUGAACAAGCACCGAGUUCAUUUGUGCUACUUGUAUUUCCACAGGUUACCUUUGUGGGCUUUUUAAAAACUCUUGUAAUCAUGAAGAGGCAGGGGUUUAAAAGGCAUAUAUCUAAGGAGGUAAGGGCUUAUAUUUUCUAUUUGUUUUGUACUUUUUAAUACACCCAAAAUGUGGAAUUGAAUUUGUCUGAUAGAAAAGGAAAUCUUCCAAAUUUACCAAGGGUUUUCUAAAGUAGACUGCCACUGUACCUGCACCAUGACCCAUAAGGGGAACAAGUAUUGUGUUUUUAUUCCAAACAUGCCUCAGAGGAUGUGAUCUACUUUAAGGAUUUGGUUAAAAUGAAAGCGACUUUUGGCUGAGGCCUCAGUAUUAUGUUGAUCAGAGGGCUGGUCUACUAUAUAUUAAUUUUUAAUAGUCACAUUCCAGGCUCAUAUCAUUCUUGAGCGCUAUAUUAGUCUACACUUGUUCAGUUUGAGAGGUUUUGGCUAGCAUUGCAUUUUAUUUAUUCUUUACAUUAUAGCUUUAUUGACUGAAUCGACAUUCAAGUUUGUGUCUCUUCUCUCCAAUAGUUGUCAUACCAGUCAAUCAUUGAGUUUGUAGUGUGAUCGUUGUACUAGACUCAGAUUUUGUCACGCAUGCGUUUCUUUUCUGCUGUCCUGUAGCAUUAAUAAGCACAUGGUUGACUAAACUGCAGAUUGUUGCUCGUUUCCUUUUCCCCCCUCAACUUGUUCUUUUUAUUGUGUUUUCCUAAAUAAAUCAAACCAAUAAAGUGUUUCCUACUUUUCAAAUGAUUAA